UUGUCCUCUAUCAGCUCCUGUCCUGCAAUGCAUGUGGAAUCCAAAACGCAGCAUCUCGACACAUCGAAUCAAAAUCAGAAGCGCGAAAGGCAUCCAAUGGCUGAGACUGUAACAAGCAUGAUAGAGCUGGUAACAGCAUAAUAUUUCCAUGAAACAGUUAAAAAGAGGAAAUGAAUGAAAUAUUAGUCGCUGUGGGUAAUGUACGAUCGCUAGGAAUGAUUCGAUUUCUCGCUUCCCCAUAUGCACAAAAGCCACUAACUCAGACCCAACCCUGCCAAUGAAACAACGCAUCUCUGUCCCUUUUUCGCUUUAGAGAGACAGAGAAAGAGAGAGAUGAAGCUUAUCAGAGAAAGGACGGUCGGUGCGGCGGUGGCUAUGGCAGGCGACGGUGAGGAGGGAGGAGAAGUGCUGGUGGUAGGGGUCAAGUUCGAUGCGGAGAGCAGAGAAUUGCUUACGUGGGCGCUAAUGAAAGAGGCAAAGCCAGGUGACCAUGUCAUUGCUGUUCACGUUCUCGAAUCUAUUACUGAUUUUGUAGGAGGCACAACAUCGCUUCUGUCUCUAGUAAAGACAUUUGAUUCUUUGUUGGCAGUGUAUGAAGGUUUCUGCAACUUGAAGCAGGUAGAUUUGAAGCUAAAAGUGUGCAGAGGUUCAUCAGCGAAGAAAAUUCUGGUAAGAGAAGCAAAAUCAAGUGGUGCAGCUAAGAUUGUCGUGGGAACUUCUAAGACCCAUCACAAAAUCAGUUCCUCAACUUCAGUAGCUAAGUAUUGCGCCAGAAAUUUGUCAAAGAGUUUCUCGGUCUAUGCUGUUAGUAAUGGCAAAAUCAUAUUCCGAAGAGAAGCAACCCCUCAUUUACAAGAUAAAUUAAAGCAAGAAAGUCAAAGUCGUUCGCAAAGAUCCAACAACUUGCCUGAUGCUUCUGGAACUGAUUUACUUGAUGAGUCACAUAAUGAUGGUGAUGUUGAUAAUUCAUUGGCCUUGGUACCAGUUCAAACAAGAAAGGGUGUGUCAAAUUUUGACUCUACACUGGAGAGUAAACAGGGUUGGUCAUUUCUUCGCUGGAUAUUUCUACCCAAGCAUCGACACACAGAGAAAUCUAGAGUAAAAAAGAAUUCUGUGGUUAAAAGUGUAUUGAAAUUGCCAAGCUGGAAUUCUUCAUCAGUAGUGUAUCCUGAUAAAAAGCAGACUGUUCUGAGCAUUACAGAAGACCACUCUUCCAAUUUGGAAGGGGAGAAUGGUGCAAUUGUGCCAAUGGUGGGCCAUAAGGUUGCAUGGUCGCCCGUCUCACCAUGCCAUGGUUCAAAUGGCCUUCCUGAAGAGUUGAAAGGUCUACAUGAGAAGUAUUCAUCAUCAUGUAGACUGUUCAGCUAUGAGGAACUUUGUUUAGCCACUUCUAACUUCUUGCCUGAAAAUAUGGUUGGCAAAGGCGGUAGUAGUCAUGUUUACAAAGGUUGUCUUCCUGAUGGCAAAGAAUUGGCAGUGAAAAUUUUGAAGCCAUCUGAAGAUGCGUUAAAAGAGUUUGUUGCAGAAAUUGAGAUCAUUACACAAUUGCAUCAUAAGAACAUAAUCUCUUUAUUUGGUUUCUGUUUUGAGCACAACAAUUUACUCUUGGUUUAUGAUUUUUUGUCAAGAGGAAGCCUAGAAGAGAACCUUCACGGUAAUAAGAAGGGCAGAAAUGCUUUUGGCUGGCAAGAGCGAUAUAAGGUGGCUGUGGGUGUAGCUGAGGCACUUGACUACCUACACAAUCUCUAUGAUCAGCCUGUGAUCCACAGGGAUGUGAAAUCUUCAAACAUACUUCUGUCUGAUGAUUUUGAGCCACAGCUAUCAGAUUUUGGAUUAGCAAGCUGGGUUUCAACAUCUUGCACUGAUGUUGCAGGAACAUUUGGUUACUUGGCUCCUGAGUAUAUCAUGCAUGGCAAAAUGAGUGACAAAGUUGAUGUCUUUGCAUUUGGUGUUGUGCUUCUUGAGCUUCUUACUGGUAGGAUGCCAAUUGAUGACGAAAAUCCAAAGGGCCAGGGGAGUCUUGUUAUGUGGGCAAGGCCGAUUCUAGAGGGUGGUAAAGUUUCCCAAUUACUUGAUCCGAAUAUAAGAACAGAGUAUGAUGAUGAUCAGAUUGCGAGAAUGGUUUUAGCUGCAACCCUCUGCAUCAGUUGUUCUCCCAUAUUUCGGCCACAAAUCAGCCUUGUUUUAAAGCUUCUUCAAGGUGAUGAGGAAGUAACAGAUUGGGCGAGACAACAAGUUAGUGCAUCAGAAGAAGUUGAUACUGAGGAUGGGGAAGCAUUUCCUACUAAUAUCCAAACCCAUCUUAAUCUUGCGUUGCUAGAUUUAGAUGAUGAUUCUCUUUCCAUGAGCAGCACUGAACAAGGUGUCUCAAUAGAGGAUUACUUACAGGGGAGAUGGAGCCGCACGUCAAGCUUUGACUAACCAUCAUCUACGUUGGAAUGCAAUGUAGAGGUGUGAAGAUAUCUCCUGUUUAUUUGUUUCUGUAUAUUCCUUCUUAUUUUUUAUUUUUUUUUUAGUUCAUUUGGUUGGUUAGGUCUUGGAAGUGAGGUUGUUUGCAAGAGGUUUACCCCCUCCUUGACUCAGAAAUAUUUUUCAGAAAGUUUGUUGGGAAGAUUGUGGAAAGCGCAUGUGAGCCAAAGUGGCAGUAUGAAUAUCCAUUCACCUAAGUAACCUAUUUCUUCUACAAGUUGUACCUAUGUUGAAUAUUACCAUUAGCCUAGUUAAAAUUUCUACUUUUGACAAACAAUGUCAUAGGGAUAGCAGUUUCAUUUAUUUGCCUUGAUAUACAAAGAUGCCGUAUUCCUUCC